AUGAACGCGAUUUGGCUGGAAAUUCAUCAUGAUAGUGGCAUCUCACGCGCCGAUUCGUUACUGCAGAUGGACGGAGCACUAGAACUCUAUCCUAACGGGGAUCGGGGCGUUAACACAUUCUCGCCGGGAGGCCGCUUGUUCAAGGUUAGCGCCCAAGUCGCAGCUUUGAAUCGCUUAAUUGAAUAUGCUAUCGAGGCGAUCAAGCUUGGAUCCACAAUUAUUGCGGGGAUUGUUACCCCAGAAGAGGUGACUCUUGGGGCCGAGAAGCGCGUCCGGUCAUCACUAAUCCAAUUAUCUAUCGAGAAAAUCAAGGAGAUAGAUAAUUAUCUGGCCUGUGCCAUGUCGGGCCUCACUGCAGACGCGCGCACAAUUGUCGAUCGCGCCAGAGUUACAUCGCAGAACCACCGUUUCGCAUAUGAUGAGUCCAUCAAAGUGGAGAGUGUGACGCAGGCGGUUUGUGACCUUGCACUGCGAUCUGGCGCUGAGGGAGUGCAUGAUGACGAGGCAUUGAUGAGUUGGCCGUUUGGCGUUACAUUGCUGAUUGUCGGAACUGACGAGCUUGGGCCUCAACUGUGA